AUGGAAGGUUCAUCCGAAGGGUUAAGAAAAGCUGCAUGGACUGCUGUAGAAGAUAGUCUCUUGAGGCAAUGUAUUGAUAAGUAUGGAGAAGGCAAAUGGCACAAAGUUCCUUUAAGAGCUGGGCUAAACCGUAGCUGUAAGAGCUGUAGAGAAAGAUGGUUGAACUACUUGAAUCCCAAUAUCAAAAGAGGAGAAUUUGGUUCUGAUGAAGUUGAUCUUCUCCUUCGCCUUCAUAAGCUUCUAAGAAACAGGUGGUCUUUGAUUGCUGGUAGAUUACCUGGUCGAACCGCGAAUGAUGUCAAGAAUUACUGGAAAACUCAUCUUGGUAAGAAGCAAGAACCACGUUUUACCAGCAAAACGAGAAAGAGAGAUGUUGCUUGUUCAGCUGCCUCACAAGCUCAAGAGCUAAGCGUCACAAAGCAUCAAACUCAAUCAUACAAUGGCCGCAGCCAACUCAACGGGCAAACAGAAGUUGGCCUUUUCCAAGUAAGCAACAAUGAUGAGGAGCAAUCUCAACUUUUGAACAGUCAAAUAGAUGGAGAGAGCAUGUGGUGGAAGAGUUUGCUAGAACAGAACCAAGAGGCAUACACAGAUGGUCCAGUAGCUAUUACAGAUGACGAGGCAGAUAUUACUUCGAUGGAGUCAAUGUCUUCAUUGUUUGACGUUCAGAAACUUUGGAUUCUGUUUAAUGAGGGAGAUUGA